AUGCCAGUUGAUGACAAGAUUGUCAUCCUGACCGAUGAUGAUGAGGACGACAAGUCUGUGCCGGCGGAGGCAUUCAACAAGCUGUCGUUGCAGCAGAACAAUGUUCCUGAUCCCUCCUUUCCCUCCACCUCAGUCGAGCAGCCAGCGACCCUGCCGACCAGACCUUCCAGCUCCUUGGACUGCUGCAAAACAAUGUUCCUCCGCAUCAAUACUCACCUGCUCAUUUCUAAAAUCUUCUACUUCUUCUUCUACGCCGCCUACGGCUCACUGCACCCGCUGCUUGCCGUCUACUAUAAGCAGCUGGGUAUGUCUGCCAGUCGCAGCGGUUUGCUGGUAGGCAUCCGUUACUUCAUCGAAUUCUGCAGUGCGCCGUUCUGGGGCGUGGUGGCCGACCGCUUCAAGAAGGGCAAGGUUCUGUUGCUCUUCUCAGUCUUCUGCUGGUUGGUGUUCAACUGUGGCAUUGGCUUUGUAAAGCCGGCCGACAUGAAAUGUGUGGAGAAGGGUGCCGACGUAACAACAGCGCCCCCAGUAACCACAACUCUCCCACCUGGAAACUUCACACAGGAUAAUAACACAUCCGAGCGUGUCCGCCGCAGCCUCUUCGACCUGUAUUGGCUCACUGAGUUGCCCAACCGCAGAUCCCAGCGAAGUGUCAAUGAUACACCACCAGCUGUCAACACAACUACUACAACCACCACAACUGUUCCGACAGUCAUUUUGAAGGAGUACCUUAUAGUCUAUGACAGUUCUCAAGUGGAGAACAUCUUCCUCAUCAUUCUGCUGGUCAUCAUAGUCGGAGAGUUCUUCAGCGCUCCGGCCCUCACCAUGGUGGACACAGUCACGCUGAAGUACCUUGGCAAAGCCCGCGAUCGCUACGGCCUGCAGAGGAUGUGGGGAUCUCUGGGCUGGGGGCUCGCCAUGCUACUAGUGGGCAUCUGGAUAGACCACACUCACAUUAGCGUUGUGGUUGACGGUCUCGGCUGUAUUCUGCCAGAUGUCCGGCUGCGCAACUAUCAGAUCGCCUUCAUUGUCUUUGGUGUGCUAAUGGGUGCAGCGUUUGUUGUUGCAACUCAGUUCUACUUUGAAAAGGAGAUUGACUAUCGACAGGAAGUUCCAGAAGGUGUUGAAGUGGAGCCAGACACUGGGCAGGCGCCGGCCGAUUCCGAUCCAUCCAACAGUAGUGUCGUUGUCCAUCAGGAGUUCCACUUCACUGACCUUUUGAAGUUGCUCUGCAGUGUGCGCUACAGCUCUGUUCUAUUCGUGGCCUGGUUUAUGGGCUUCGGCUACGGCUUUGUCUUCAGCUUCCUAUACUGGCACCUGGAAGACCUUCACGGCACUUACACUCUCUUUGGUGUCUGCUCCGUCCUUAGUCACGUUUCGGAGCUCGCGGCUUACUUUACCAGUCACAAGUUCAUUGAGCUGGUGGGACACAUCAGGGUGCUCUACAUUGGCUUGGGCUGCAACACUGCUCGAUACUUGUACAUCUCAUACCUCCAUAAUGCCUGGACUGUGCUGCCAAUGGAGGUCCUUCAAGGUGUGACGCAUGCCUCUGUCUGGGCCGCUUGUAUUUCCUUUUUGAGCGCCGCCGUCCCGCCAGCUCUUAGGACAUCCGCCCAGGGCAUUCUGCAGGGUCUUCACCUCGGGCUCGGCCGCGGUUGCGGCGCCAUGGUGGGAGGACUGCUGGUUGGUUAUUUUGGCGCUGCAGUGUCAUUCCGGGGUAUUGGUAUGGCCUCCCUGGUCAUACUCCUCAUCUUCACCUUCAUCCAGUGUCUGACAGGCAAAACGGAAGAGAACGAGGACAAAAUGCUGGCAGAAAACAUUCCAGUCCCAUCCAGCCCUGUUCCUAUUGCCACCAUUGACUUAGUAGACAACCAUAGCACGAGAGAGAGCCCCCCUCUCAACAACCAGGUUGCCCCUCUCCCUGUGAAGAAGACCAAGUACCAAGAAGAGCAGGAGGACAUAGCCCGGACAGCCUGGGGGCUCUCUGGCGCCCCCUGGGUCACCAUCGCCUUCGCUAUCAUGCAAAUCACGGAGAUGGUGAACAUGGCCAAGAUUGGUCAGCCACCUCGUGAGACGCAGCCACUACAGGUUCCUAGUGAUGCAGCAGUGGUGGCUCACGGAAACGCUGGUGACAGCGAUGUCCCGCCCACACAUGGACCGGGCCCUACCCCUUCGGCGUCUACAGACUGA